AUGAAGACUGCCGAGUUCAUCCCCCUUCUCUUGGUUGCUGGCAGCGCUGUGGCCGCACCGAGCAGCAAGGUAUCUGAGGCUGUCACCAUCAGUGGGCUCUCCGCCGAUCAAACCAACACAACUGGAUGGAUUGAAUUUAUCCUCGAUGAUCCCAACUAUCAGGAUGUGACGGGCGCGAACAUUCAGUGGAGCAUCCCUGGGCAACCUCUUGCUGACUCGCGCACUGAGGAUGGCAAUUACUAUGUGGAGUUCCCAGGAGGCGUGAAUGAUAUCGGCGUCUUCGACCUGGUGAUCACACGAGUCAAGGGCCCAGAGCAGAUUUCCUAUACCCUGAACGAUAACAAGAAUGGCGGCGCCCCGGGGAGCAAAUGGGAAUGCAUCACUUCGGUUGGAUCUGUGACUACUGAGAAGUGCUACUACCACGGCAACAUUACUGUGGUCCCUUCUACCAGUUUUUAA